GCCAUCCAAUUGGACGGCGCCAUCUCACCUACCUCCGGACCAAGUAUAAAGGCUUACUAGGCCUAGCGGUCUCUAUUUCGGGUUUUGUUUCUCUGUCUUUCUUCUUUAUUUUGGCUCCGGUUUACGGAUAUGUCCGGUCGCGGCAAGCAGGGGGGCAAGGCGCGAGCCAAGGCCAAGUCGCGCUCUUCGCGCGCCGGGCUACAGUUUCCCGUAGGCCGUGUGCAUCGCCUGCUUCGCAAAGGCAACUACUCUGAGCGCGUAGGCGCGGGGGCGCCGGUGUACUUGGCGGCGGUGCUGGAGUACCUGACUGCCGAAAUCCUGGAACUGGCCGGCAACGCGGCCCGCGACAACAAGAAGACGCGUAUUAUCCCGCGCCAUCUGCAGCUGGCCAUCCGCAACGACGAGGAGCUCAACAAGCUGCUGGGCCGCGUGACCAUCGCUCAGGGUGGCGUCCUGCCCAACAUCCAGGCCGUGCUACUGCCAAAGAAGACCGAGAGCCACCACAAGGCCAAGAGCAAGUGAAGCCGCGGAGGCAGGCAGGAACUGCCUUGCGCCCUGGGGGUCCCCUGAUGCCAAAGGCUUUCUUCAGAGCCACCCAGUUUCCUGGAAAGAGCCUCACCCGGCCUCAGCGUGGCGUGCCCCGUGCUCUACUGCAGGGGGUGCUCACCUGAUGUGUAACCGCCAUGCUCGCGAAUCUUGCCACCAAAUCCCUCCUGGGAUUUAAAUCUCUCUCACCCUGAAGGUACCUGUGUUAUUACCAGUGUUUAGUCUCCACAGUCUCGAUUGGUCACAUUUAGACGCCAGAUACGAACUGUCUUUAUCCUAGGGACAACCGGGUAAAUUGGCCUGGUAUGAAAAGUUUGUUAUCCUCAGAAUUUGCCAUUUCUGGUUCUGAUAAGUAAACUCGUUCCCACUUAAAUUUGAGUGCUUGAGUGAGUCGAAAUGGCAGUUUUUAAGGUUCAUCGGGAGUAUGAUAGAAUUUAUUGGGCUGGGAAUUCUAAAGUCUGGGGAAGGAUUUAUUUUACUACAGGUGUUUUCAGUAUUUAAAAGGAAUUAUUUUUAAAAGCGGUAUAAAGUCUUCAAGAGAACUUAACAUUAACUAAAUGAAGGAAAUUAAAUUGUUAACAUUGGGUUGGUCAAACAACCAAAGAACUUCUCGAAUUGUUAGCUAACAUCAUAAUAAGAUAAUUUGUACAUUGAGCCUGAUUUUAAAAAACUAGGUUUGUGAAUUUAGUGAGUUUAAAGAAUAUUGUUAGGAUCAGAUUGUGUAAUGUCUGCAUGCCUAUUUCAGAAGCUGGCUGUUCACCAGCUCUACAUUCCAUUACAAAGCAAGGUUGGAGACAUGCUUUUGAAAAGUCAGCUGAGAAAUGGGAACGUUAAUGGCACCUACCUCAUGGAAAAUAAGGGAAUAAAUGAGAUAAUCCAUGGUAAUUCCCUAAAAAAAUAAUUCCUGGUGCAAAAUAAGGGCUUUGUAAGUGUUAGUUAUUCCUGUCAUUAUCCUCACUGUUAUCAAUUUUUUUCAUUAUAACAAUAAGUACAGUGGUAAAACAAUUCAGAAAUAUAUUUUAUCUUACUAAAAAUAAGUUUACUCAAACCAGGACUUUCCAGAACCAUCUGAAACUAGCCAUCUACUAGUCUUUAGAAAAUAUUCUGGUGCUAAAAAAGACAUAUAGACAACUGCUGUACUCACGUGGAUGGAAACCAUACCAGAGUCCCCCCCGUGGAGGAGAGUAGAAAGAACCUUGGUGCUGAGCAGGCCCCAUCGCAGUGAGGAGCAUCAACAGACUAGAGCUUUCUCAAGGUGCAGCCAGCGUGUUAAACAGUGAGGGCAUUCAAUUCUACUGUAAACUUAUGUUCAAAUCCUUAGGUGGUAUUGAAAAUAAAUUUUCCAGGGGCAGGGGCUUAAGUAUUCCAAGUUACCACCAUGGCUGUUCAGCUUUUUAGUUUUUUUUACUUCCCUGGACAUUCUUGGAAUAGAGACUGUGAUGUGGGCGGUACUCUUUGGCAGCAACUUCAUUUGUCAUCUCUAAGGCUGAACUUUUCCCAUACAGCCAGCCACAAUCCACAGGGGACAUUUAAUUUUUUAGUUGUCCUAUCUACAUGUGGCCAGAGGCUACAACACUGGACAGCACCAUCUUCACAGAAAGUUUUGUUGGACAGCUCCAGUCUAAAAUCUAGUUAUCUGUCUGCGCUACCAGGUUCAAAAACCUGAUGAAGUAAACAGAGCUACCUGCCUCUGUGUGAGAGCAUCACAUGACUCAGUCCACUUCCAGGUGUAUACAAGGGUUCUAACAGAUAUCCAUAUAACUACAUUCACAACAGCAUUAUUCAUAACAUCCCAAAUGUAGAAACAGCCCAAAUGCCUAUAACAGAUGGAUGGAUAAACAAACUGUGGUCUGCCCACAUUGUGGAGUACCAUUCCACCAUAAAAAGAAGAGUGAAGUUCUGAUUCAUGCUACAACACAAAGCUUAAAAAAUAUUGUGUCGAGCCCUGGCUGGUGUUGCUCAGUGGAUUGACUGUUGACCUGCAAACCAAAGACUUGUCAGUUCGAGUCCCAGUCAGGGCACAUACCUGGGUUGUGCAUCAGGCCUGAUCCCCAGUAGGGGGCACAUGAGAGGCAACCACACAUUGAUGUUUCUCCUUCCCUUCCCCUACAAAAUAAAUUUUAAAAAUCUUUUAAAAAAAUUGUGCCAAGUAAAAGAAGUCAGUUACAGUAGGCCACAGUAUAUGACCCCAUGAAUUGUCCAGAAUAAGCAAAUCUAUAGACAAAAACUAGGUUAGUCAUUGCCAGAAACUGAGGGUGAUGGGAAGAAUGAGUAGUGACUUUUCUUCGAGGAUGAUGAGAAUGUUUUGGAGUGAGAAGCGAAGGACUGCACAGCACUGGAAAUGCACCGAAUUGCACUGUAGAUAUUUAUAUGUUAUAGAAA